AUUACGCGCUUGAAUUGGCGGAUAUCAUAAUCACAAGAACUCACGCUCCGUUGCUCUAGUCUCUGCCUGCGUACGAGUCGAUGAUGGCUUCCUCUCUGGCUCUCUUCUCCACCUUCACUGGCCCCGAAAUUCACAAAUCAAAAACCCUAACUUCUGUUUCAAAAUCCUCAAACCCUCCAUCUAUCCUGUAUUUUCCUCUUCGGUGGCAGCGGAAAGUAUUGAGAAUCUCUGCUUCGAUCUCGACGCAGGAGGUUCGAACCAGUCCCGAUGAACUCGUCGUGUCAAUUCUCUCCAAGGUAAGAGGAACAGAUCGAGGAGUUCUGUUAACCAAGGAAGGACACUUAGGAGUAGCAGAAGUGGCUCAGCAAUUGCAGAAGUAUUGUGUUGAUGAGCCUGUAAAAUGCCCACUUAUUUUUGGAGAAUGGGAUGUGCUUUACUGUUCGGUGCCAACAUCACCUGGAGGUGGCUACCGGAGUGCAUUGGGUCGUCUUGUGUUCAAAACUAAUGAAAUGAUUCAGGUUGUCGAAGCUCCAGACAUUGUGAGAAAUAAGGUGUCCUUUUCUGCAUUCGGCUUUCUUGAUGGGGAAGUUUCCUUGAAAGGUAAACUGAGAGCAUUGGAUGAUAAGUGGAUUCAAGUUGUAUUUGAACCUCCUCAACUGAAGGUAGGGGCAUUGGAAUUCCAGUAUGGUGGUCAGAGUGAGGUCAAGCUAGAAAUAACCUACAUAGAUGAGAAUGUAAGGUUGGGAGUUGGUUCCCGGGGCUCUCUAUUUGUCUUCCAAAGAUGCAUAUAAGUUGUAAGUCUUCCAAUCAACAUGUUAUAUAUAUAUAUAUAUAUAUAUAUAUAUAUAUAUAUAUAUAUAUAUAUAUCAUGAGCUUCUUCCAGUUGUUGAUGUUCUGAUGUCUUGGUCAUGUAGACCUACUAGUAAAUCUGUAUGUGCAUUGAAUAGGGCAAUUUUGGAUGAUGAUGGAUUAUAUGUGUCCAAAAUUUUUUACAUUCUCUUUC